GACGGCUAUGAACCUAUGAAUUUUAUGAAAGUGAACUCUGUUUCCUCUACAGCUAUAAAAUCAGCUUUGAAUCGCCAACCCACCUUCAGACCAAGCACAAAUCUCUCAAUCCUAGAUACCCAGUUGGUCAAAUGCCAAAAUCUCAAGCAUUUGAACCAAAUCCUGUCCCAGAUGAUCCUCACCGGCUUCAUCAGAGACACCUUUGCCGCCAGCAGAGUCCUCAAAUUCUCUGCUUACUCACCCUUCAUUCACAUCGAUCACUCCCGCCGAAUCUUCGACCACAUUGAGGACACAAAUGAGUUCAUUUGGAACACCAUGAUGAGAGCAUAUGUACAGAGAAAUUCACCUGGAAAGGCUAUAUCUUUGUACAAAUUGAUGUUGGAUGAGACUGUGGGUGGCGAUAAUUACACAUACCCAAUUCUAGUUCAAGCCUGCGCUAUCCGGUUAUCGGAAUUUGAAGGGAAACAGAUGCAUGAUCAUGUUUUGAAAGUGGGUUUUGAUUCGGAUGUUUAUGUACAGAACACGUUGAUUAAUAUGUAUGCGGUUUGUGGGAAGAUGGGUGAUGCGCGUCGCUUGUUUGAUGAAAGUCCUAUAUUGGAUUCAGUUUCAUGGAAUUCGAUUUUGGCAGGGUAUGUUCAGAUAGGGGAUGUUGAGAAUGCUAGGUAUGUAUAUGAUAGGAUGCCGGAGAGGAACACAAUUGCUUCAAAUUCUAUGAUUGUGUUGUUAGGUAGGACAGGUCACCUGAUUGAGGCUUGUCAGUUCUUUAAUGAGAUGCCAGAGAAAGACAUGGUAUCUUGGAGUGCGCUGAUUUCUUGCUAUGAGCAAAAUGAGAUGUAUGAGGAGGCUUUGGUUUUGUUUGUGAAGAUGAUGGCUAAUGGAAUUAUGGUGGAUGAGGUUGUGGUGGUUAGUGUUCUUUCUGCGUGUGCGCAUUUAUUAGUUAUCAAGACAGGAAAAAUUGUCCAUGGCUUGGUUGUGAAAAUUGGAACUGAAUCUUAUGUUAACCUUCAAAAUGCUUUUAUUCACAUGUAUUUAACUUGUGGAGACAUAGUGGCAGCCCAAAAACUGUUCAAUGCAGGCUGCCACUUGGACCAGAUAUCUUGGAACUCUAUGAUCUCUGGGCACUUGAAAUGCGGAUCAGUUGAAAUUGCCAAGGAGUUAUUUGAUUCCAUGCCCAAUAAGGAUAUUGUGUCUUGGAGUGCAAUGAUAUCAGGGUAUGCUCAACAUGACCGUUUCUCGGAGACUUUGGCAUUGUUCCAGGAGAUGCAGCUUGAGGGAAUCAGCCCUGACAACGCCUCUUUGGUUAGUGUGAUAUCAGCUUGCACUCGGCUUGCUGCCCUCGACUUAGGCAAAUGGAUUCAUGCUUAUAUAAGGAAGAAUGCUCUAAAGGUUAAUAUCAUUUUGGGUACAACCCUUAUAGACAUGUACAUGAAAUGUGGGUGUGUAGAAAAUGCAAUGGAAGUUUUCUAUGGCAUGGAGGAAAGGGGGGUUUCUACUUGGAAUGCUCUCAUUCUUGGUUUGGCAAUAAAUGGUUUGGUAAAUAAGUCACUUGGCAUGUUCUCUGAGAUGAAGAAAUGUGGUGUAGUGCCCAAUGAAAUAACAUUUUUGGGAGUUCUUGGGGCUUGUAGACACAUGGGUUUAGUUGAUGAGGGGCGUCGGCAUUUCAAUUCCAUGAUUCAAGAACACAAGAUAGAACCCAAUGUUAAGCACUAUGGAUGCAUGGUUGAUCUUUUAGGGCGCGCAGGUAUGCUCAAAGAAGCAGAGAAACUCAUUGAAAGUAUGCCCAUGGCACCAGACGUUGCUACCUGGGGUGCCUUGCUUGGGGCUUGCAAGAAACAUGGUGACAAUGAAAUGGGGGAGAGAGUCGGAAGAAAGCUCAUUGGGUUUCAACCUGACCAUGAUGGGUUCCAUGUGUUACUGUCCAAUAUAUAUGCUUCAAAAGGUAAUUGGGAUGAUGUUCUUGAAGUUAGGGGGAUGAUGAUGCAACAUGGGAUGAUGAAGAUCCCAGGUUGUAGCAUGAUUGAAGCAAAUGGAGUAGUUCAUGAAUUUCUAGCAGGAGAUAAGACACACCCUUGGAUAAAUGAGAUUGAGGAUAAGUUGGAUGAAAUGGCUAAGAAACUGAAAAUGGAAGGUUAUGCACCGGACACAAAUGAGGUUUCCCUUGACAUUGAUCAAGAAGAGAAGGAAACAUCUCUGUUUAGGCAUAGUGAGAAGCUUGCAAUCGCCUUUGGGCUUAUUGCUACCAGUCCACCAACACCAAUAAGGAUCAUGAAGAAUUUGCGAAUAUGUAAUGAUUGCCAUACAGCAGCUAAGUUCAUCUCUAGAGCUUUUAAUCGCGAAAUUGUGGUGAGAGAUCGGCAUCGCUUUCACCACUUUAAGCAGGGUGGUUGUUCAUGCACGGACUAUUGGUAGCAAUGUUACACUCGAAGCAAAUUAAUUUCAAAGUUACUCACCUGUUGCUGUGAUUAUUCCCCGAGAGCUUGGCCAGUUCUGAAUUCUGAUUGUACCAAACAUCUGCUUCACCUGUGCUUGAUGCUUUACAGUUCCAAGUUGCACGCCAGUGAAGCACCAUGGCAGCAGUUUAUGGCUUGGUGACAAUGAUUGAUGUACCACCUCCCUCAUGAGAUUUGAAGGCAGUGCCCUUAAUUGUGCCAGAUAAAAAGGACACUUUUUUUGGGAGGAGGUUGGGGGUUAAAACCUAUAAAUGGUGGAGUUUUCUGAUAAGAAAAUUCUCCAUUUGUGGUCCUAAUGCUACAAAUAGACCAAUGGUGGAUUGAUUCAUUACUGCAUCCAACUAUAUGAUACUGAUUGAGGCCAAGUCACAUUGGCAUUCAGAAAUACUAUCGAAUUACUCCAGAGAACUAACUUUAGGAAAGAUUACCUUUAGACUUGAAACUUGAAAGCAUUGGGAAGGAGCUUUGGAGGAAUCUAUUUCUUCGGUGAGGUUGGACACUGGUCUGUUUGGGGUGAAAUGUGUACUCUGUAGGAGGAAAGUUCUUCAUGGCAAUUGUUUUUGUAGGAUCCUGUCCAGCACAAGAGAGGCUGUUGAAUUGAUCUUUCACUGCCUAAUGGCUUAUAUUACCUGCUUGCUCCUCAAACAUUUAUUAAUGCCAUAAGUUUUAAAAUGCUUAGACCAAAUUUAUAGAA